AUGGUACCGGAGUUGGCGUUGUUUGACGCGUUAAUGAUUAUUGUGAAAUUUGUGCCGAGUCAAGAUAUGCAAGUGCUUUGCGCACGCGUACAGAUGCAUACCGCGAAGGAGCUAACGAACUCGACGUACCGCUAUUGUGCUGUCAGAACAGCGAGUGCCUUCCGGACGAUCUCGGACGACGCAGCGCUCGUCAUUGCAGGCCAAGUUCCCCUAUGUGAACUGGUGCGGGAGCCACAGAUCCAAGACCGAGGUGAAGAGGAGUGCCAGGAUGCAGAGCGUCGACAACUGGCAGGCAGCCUGGGACAACUCCAGCAAGGGACGCUGGACGCUGGACGCAAGGGUAAAUAGGAAGCACGGCCAGGUAGAUUUCUACCUCACGCAGGCGCUGAGUGGACAUGGUUGCUUCCGAAGCUUCCUUAAGCGCUUCGGGCACGACACGGAGGACGGUUGUCCAGAGUGCGGCAGUGGGAUUGUUGAAGACGAUCAGCAUGUCCUACUUUAAUGUCGCCGCUUCGGGUCUGAUCGCUAAAUGCUGAUGAAGACCACCGGAGCAAGAGUUCGGCAAUGUUGUUGGCGAUGGCCCAAGGGACUGUAUAUUGUUUAUGGCCUUGCACGCUGUUAUAAAACCAACGUACCGGUACACUGUUACUCAAGCGGACCAGAAGUUCUGUCGAAAGGCGACCAUCGAAGACAGCGUUAGCAGCGCGGUGUUGCACGUCACCGAAAUCAAUGACAUUCAAAACAUAAUUGAAACAUUGAACAGAAAAAGUGUCGAGUCAAACUCCCCCAUUCAACCAUUUAUAAUUGUUGUGGGCGUGGACAUUUUCAAUUUGGUUGAAUUCUAUGUUAGCUUUGGA